AUACUCUCGCGAUGAGUGAGGCGGUGACAUGAAUGCGCGUGAAACUAUAGCGUUAGAUAGCGCGUAGUCUGAUUAUUAUUCUUAUUAAAGGAUGUGUCUGUUGCUACAUUUGCUAACAUUACAGACUGUUUGCUAUGUUUAGGUGUGAGUCAAGUUGCUAGGCUAAGCUAGCAGUGCGUAUGCUGCUUUAUACCUAGCAAGCUGUCAGUAUGUGGAGGUUCUCAGCGAGGUCAGUGAUAUGGAAAGCAAAGGUCCUCCGCGGGCUUCAUUCAGUCAACGCUUUAAAGUUCAGGUCGAAUGGAUCGUGUGGCAGUGUUUCGGGGAAGAAGUGGGUGAGACCCAGUGGGUUUGACACGGGUUUGAAGGCUUUUAACAGCCUGACUAAACAGAAAGAGCCUCUCAUUCUGGCAAGAGAGGGAGUAGCUACCUGGUACAGCUGUGGACCCACUGUGUACGACCAGGCCCACCUGGGUCAUGCAUGCUCUUAUGUCCGGUUUGAUAUCGUGCAGAGGAUUUUGUCCAGGUUGUUUGGAAUCACUGUCAUCCAUGCUAUGGUCAUCACUGACAUUGAUGACAAAAUCAUCAAGAGAAGUUUGGAGGAAAAUGUUUCCACAACCAUCAUAUCCACAAUGUAUGAGGAUGAAUUCAAGAGGGAUAUGUUGUCAUUAAAGGUCAUUCCUCCUGCAGUGUAUUUAAGAGUCACUGAGAACGUGCACCAUAUUGUUGCAUUCAUUGAGAGGAUCAUCCAGAAUGGACACGCUUAUGCAACAAAAGAAGGUGACGUGUAUUUUGACAUCCAGUCCAUUGGUGAUCGAUAUGGCAAGUUUGUGAGAGCUGUGGAAUAUCAGGGAGAACAUGGCAGCGCAACUAAGCGAGACCCACGAGAUUUUGCUCUUUGGAAGCACGCCAAUCCUCAGGAACCAUACUGGGACUCUCCGUGGGGCAGAGGAAGACCAGGCUGGCAUAUCGAAUGCUCUACCAUCGCUAGCUCAGUGUUUGGGAGUCAGCUGGAUAUCCACUCUGGAGGUAUCGACCUGGCCUUUCCUCACCAUGAGAAUGAGAUCGCUCAGAGUGAAGCCUAUCACCAGUGUGGACAGUGGGCAAACUACUUCCUCCACUCAGGACACUUACACCUAAAAGGCAGUGCAGAGAAAAUGUCUAAAUCUUUAAAGAACUAUGUCACCAUCAAGGAUUUCCUGCAGUCUUACUCUGCCAAUGAGUUCCGUAUGUUUUGUCUUUUGAGUAAAUACCGGUCAGGUAUUAUCUACAGUGACAGCAGCAUGUCGGAGGCUCGGACCUCUCUGGGAACCAUCUCCACCUUCAUCCAUGAUGCUCAGGCCUACAUGAAGGGUCAGGUGCAGUGUUCACCUGUACAGGAAGCUUUGCUCUGGGAGAGGUUGACUGAGACUAAAUCCAGCGUGGUGAAAGCACUGGCAGACGACUUUGAUACCCCGAGAGCCAUAAGUGCUGUGAUGAAUUUGAUUUAUCAUGGAAACUGCCAACUCCAUCCUGUUUCUGAGUGUGAUGGAGCAGCUCGGAGCCCUGCCGUGUUUGCAGCGAUGGUCAGCUACAUCAGAGAUGUCUUGGACGUGUUUGGGAUAAAUCUGAUGCACAGUAAGGAGUCUGAUGCUGUUUGUCAUCAGGGAAGUCUGGAGGGCGUCAUGGAGCAGCUGACCCGUUUCAGAACUGAAGUUCGAGCAUUCGCACUUGCUCGUCAAGAUGGCCUGACCGCUGGAUCUCUCAACAAACCUGGACUUUACCCAGAGAGAAUCCCUCUCCUCAAAGCUUGCGACACCAUCAGAAACAACCUGGCACCCUUGGGUGUGCUGAUAAAGGAUAGAGGAGCCAACUCGACGUGGGAGAUCACUCAGAGAGGACAGGGAGUCCAGGACAAAGACCAAGAGACAUCCAGCUGAAAUCCACCUCAGCCUCUGAGACUCACUUUUUAUUUCGGGCUUGUGGACUGAAAGACCUUUGAAAACAAGAGACCAAACAAUCCUGAUUCCAUGAGAACAGAAACAAACUUCAGGUUAUAAAUGCCUGAUGUGCCUGUCAUCAGUGUAUGAACUCAUAUUCCUUCAUACGUCAGAAGAUAUAUUAUGUAAUAAAAUCUGUCUAUUUAAGCACA